GCCGCCAUCUUGGAUAAGGGGGGUGAUGGGGGCGCAGUGGAGCUGAGCCGAGCCGAGCCGGAGGGAGCCCCGGAGAGAGGCGGAGACCUGGUCCGGCCGCUGCCCAGCCCGAAGCGGAGCGCUCGCAGGGCCUACACGGGGGACCGGGCUGCCGCCGGCAGAGCCAAGCUGCACAGCCACUCGCUCCCCGAGCCCAGGAAGAGGAAAGUGGGUAAAUGAGGAUAUGCAAAUGAAUAAAGAACUCCUGUGGCUAAGAGAAUGGACAUCAGGAGAGUGCUCUCACUGAGCACAGUGCCACAAUGGCAACUGCACCUUACAACUACUCCUACAUCUUUAAGUACAUCAUUAUUGGGGACAUGGGUGUAGGAAAGUCCUGCUUGCUUCAUCAAUUUACAGAAAAGAAAUUUAUGGCGGACUGUCCCCACACAAUUGGUGUUGAAUUUGGUACAAGAAUAAUUGAAGUUAGUGGCCAAAAAAUUAAACUACAGAUUUGGGAUACAGCAGGACAAGAGCGAUUCAGGGCUGUCACGCGAAGCUAUUACAGAGGAGCAGCAGGGGCUCUCAUGGUCUAUGACAUUACCAGAAGAAGUACAUAUAAUCAUUUAAGCAGCUGGCUGACAGAUGCAAGGAAUCUCACCAAUCCAAAUACUGUGAUAAUCCUCAUAGGAAAUAAAGCAGAUCUGGAAGCACAGAGAGAUGUUACAUAUGAAGAAGCCAAACAAUUUGCUGAAGAAAAUGGUUUAUUGUUCCUUGAAGCAAGUGCAAAAACUGGAGAGAAUGUGGAGGAUGCAUUCCUGGAGGCUGCCAAGAAAAUAUACCAGAAUAUCCAAGAUGGAAGCCUGGAUCUGAAUGCUGCGGAAUCGGGUGUACAGCACAAACCGUCAGCCCCGCAGGGGGGGCGGCUAACCAGUGAACCCCAGCCCCAGAGAGAAGGCUGUGGCUGCUAGUGACCUCUGUUCCAUGGCUCCAUUUCUGACCCUUCUCCUCUCUGUUGGAAGCGGUGCUUUUGACUGCUUCACUGUCUUCUGUACAUCUUAUUGGGUUUAAUUAAAACUCUGAGAAAACAGUUUAACACAGUACUAAACUGCUAAAUGACUUUAGAUGUAAUCAGGUUAUCAAAGGCAAGUAGAGUAAUAAAAUCUCUCCUGCAUGGUAAAUCUAGACGGUUUUUUUUUUUUCCUUGAUUGUCCUUGUGAUAGUGUCACGAAUACAUAAUUUAAACUGAGCACUGAUGCUGGACUCUUGAUUUUACACUUUUGCAGGGCUUUGUCUUGUAUGGUUUAUUUUUAUGGUUCUUCAGCCUUUCUUCCCCACCUCUAACUGUUUAGAGCUGUCCAUAGUAAAGGAUAAGUUUUGCUGUGAAAUGACUUCUGAUGGUAGAAAGGGGCUCUGUAACAAUGUGCUUUUGUUGAAAGCAUUCAGUGUGGUGUGUGUUGGGGGUAGGUGCUGGGCUGGUGCAGGAGUGUACAACUUACUUCCAUCUUAGCCUAGCACAGGGAAACAAUCCCUGUAUUCUUGUGCUCAUAGCUUUACAUCAUUUUUUUGCCCCUUUUAAUCCUUUACAUUUGUUAACAGAACGUAAAUAUGUAUAAAAUUUGAAGGAACUGAGCUAACAGUUAAAUACAUCCUUUGUAUAUGAUUUUAAUGAAGAAAACGAUUACUGGCAUUAGAACAGUAUGUAAGAAACUAUCAGCUUGUACAGUAUGGACCUAUAUGUGACCACAUUGCCCCAUUAGUACUACAAAGAUAAAUGUAACUGCAGUUCACUAACAUAGGCUUAACUCCUUGGUGUUGACCGUGGACAUUGUGCUGGGGGAACUCUAAUCCCAAUGCAGAAAAUAACACUAGUGGAAUAUGUCUUUCAUCUUUGCACUGUGGUAUAUCUAUGCCAUUUUAUUAAUCCUGUUCUGUGCAAUCAGCAGUGUGCUAACCUGCUUUUCUCUUCUGUAAGCAUUUUGCAUUAUUGGCUUCAUUACCUGCCUUGCAUUGUAUACAAAGGCUGGUUUCUCUUGCACAUCUUACGCUUUUAUAUCUGUAACUCUUUGGUCAGAUUCUGAACUGGACAGUCAAGAACACGUGCUCUCUAGGGAUUUUUAACUACUUCUGUAUUUUUUAACAAUACAAUGGUAGGUUUUUCUUAAAAAUUUAUUAAGAAGAAACAAAGACUUGGAAUAAAUCCUUCAUGGGAUGAUACAAGCUAUAAUCCUGCUUGUAUAAAGAAGAGAUUUUUAGGUGGUGACCAUGCACAUGUGGAUUCUGUUAAAGUACAUGAGGGGUUUUCUGUUUUGUUUGAAAUUUGUGUGUGCUCUACAUGCAGUACUGUAUUUCACAUGAAGCUUCACUUGGAAAACAUCAAAUAUGCUUUAAAUUUAUAAGGGGGCAACUGCUUAACAGUGAUCAAAUGUCCAACUUCUAGUCUUACUGCAGUGUUUAAAAUACAAAGUAGUCUCAAAAUCCCUGUCUAGACACUAAAACUUUGCAAUGUUCAGACUUGUAAGUAAACAGUGAUACCAGAGUAUUGUACAGUCAAUGUUAAAUAAAAGCCAAAACUGGAAUGUGCAAACAAUAGGA